AUGGAAGACAGUGAUUCAUCAUCUCAAAACGACAACAAUGAUCAAAUUGACGACAAAGAAGAAUCAAUGACGGAUAGCGAAAGCGACAAUGACGAAAAGGAAUUACAAGAUACUACUAUGGAAGCUGAGAGUGAUAACGACGACGACGACGACGAUGAUGAUGAUGAUGAUGAUAACGACAAGAACACUGAUGAAGGUAGCGAUAACAGUAGCGACGAAGAAGAAGAAGAAGACAGCAAAGAAAAACUUAAAAAGGACGCCGCCAAACAUAAGAAGGAAAUAGAAGAACUCAAAAAACGUGAUCCGGAAUUCUACAAGUUUUUGGAAAAGGAAGAUGCUGAACUUUUAGGAUUCGACAUGUCUGAAGACGAAGAUGAAGAAGAAGAACAAGAUGAAAAGGAACAAGAAUCAGCUGACGAACAAGAGGAUAAGGAUGAAAUCAGUAUGCAUGACGACACAUCUUUGAUAACCGUGACAAAAUCUAUGUUGGCAACAUGGGUACAAGACAUUGAAGCAACAUGUGACCCCAAGGCUGCAAAACGACUAUUUUCAGCAUUCAAAUCAGCAACUAGAAUGGGUGAUGAAGAAGAACGUGAAAAAACUACUUUUAUUUACCAGGUGGUUGAUCCAAACGUAUUCAAUAAUGUCUUGACAUCAACAAUGCGUUUGGCUCCUAUCAUAUUUGGACGAUAUUUGAAAACAAAAUCGGAAGGUGCCUCUCCUACAACUUCUAAUCGCUGGAUCAAAUGGAAAUCAACAGUCAAAACAUAUCUCUCUAGUUUACUGUAUUUGAUGAAAACAUUGACGGACUCUAAUAUGCAAUAUUUAGCCAUUCAUGAAUCGGAAAAAUGUACUAUUUAUUGGACUUGUUUUGAAAAGGUCUCAAAGGAUUAUUUAAAGGUUUUAUUAAACUUUUAUUCAAACUUGGGCUCAUCAGAUAAUGUGCGAAUUCAAAGUUUCUUGGCUAUUCGUACCUUGGCAUCAAGUAGUGUUAUCACCAAAAAUAAGACAGAUGCACCCUUUUUAGAUACUUGCUUGAAGAAUAUUUAUUUGACUUUUGUACGAAACUGCAAGAAUACUAAUUCUCACACUCUCCCUGCAAUCAAUCUUAUGCGGAAUUUGGCUGUGGAACUUUAUGGCUUUGAUCAAGUGUUAUCAUAUCAACAAGCGUUUGUAUAUAUUCGACAAUUAGGGAUUCAUUUGCGUGGUGCAAUGCAAACCAAAUCCGAUGAAACGUUCAAAUCUGUUUAUAAUUGGCAAUAUGUUCAUUGUAUUGACUUUUGGUCCAAUGUAUUAGCAACUUAUUGUCAAUCUGUAGAAAACCAGGAAGAAGAAUCUCCAUUGAAACCUUUGAUUUACCCUCUUACUCAAAUUGCCCUUGGUGCUGUUCGUUUGAUUCCUACAGCGCAAUAUUACCCUCUACGGUUCCAUAUUUUGAAAAGCAUGGCUUCCCUUUGUGAUGCAUCAAAAGUAUAUAUUCCUUUGGCCCCAUAUGUACUGGAAGUUUUAGAUAGUGCAGAACUUAAGAACAAAGCAAAACCAUCUACUGCAAAGCCUCUCGACUGGGAUCUUCAUCUUCGAGCACCAAAACCAUAUUUGCGAGGUCGCACUUACCAGAAUGGUAUUAUAGAUCAAGUAGUGGAAGUAUUGGAAGCAAGUUUCAAAUCCUAUUUCCAUCAUAUCGCUUUCCCAGAAAUGAUCAUUCCUACUAUUGUCAGUAUCAAACGAUUUGUGAAAAAGUCCAAAAAUGCCAAUGGAAACAGAAAAUUGAUUGAUCUCGUGAAGAAGGUAUGA